ACGCCCACAAACGCUGCACCGGGAGCGCGCGCAACAUGUCCGACGAACGCCGCCCGCGCUCGCGCUUCGACAGAGACGAGUCCGACCGCCCGCCGCGCUCGCGCUUCGAUCGCCGCUCGCGGUCCCCUUCAAGCAGGGAGCCCGACUCUCGUCGCACGCGCAGCCCGAUUGGACGCGGCGCCUCAGACAGUCCCUCGAGCGCCGAGCAGAAGAAGGCCAAGGUAACGGACGCGGCUGCGGCCGCAGCUGCAGCGGCGGCGAGGAUCAACGCGCAGAUCCAGGCGAAGAAGGGGAUCCAGCAUGUCGACGUGCCUCCAAUUCGCACUGCCGUUAGUCCUCCCGUCGUCAAGUCGCCCGCUACUCCCGGCAAGGCUAUCGCCAGCGAGACAUAUCAGCAGGAUGGGGACUACAUCAAGGACAUAGAAAUCAAUGAUCUCCGAAAUCGCUACACACUGACCAAAGGAGCCGUCCAGAAAAGGAUCAAAGACGACACAGGCGCCGAUGUCACAACCCGAGGCGAAUAUUAUCCAGACAAGAGCAUGGCCACGGCUGCUAACCCGCCGCUCUAUCUGCGCGUCACUAGCACUACGAAAGAAGGCCUCGAUGCUGCAGUCAAGCAGAUUGAGGAGCUGAUGCAACAGGAACUUCCGAACCUGGUUGAUGAGCGUAGGUUCCGUCGUCGCGAGCCCGAGAACUUCGAGCGCGACGAGUUUGGCCGGCGCAAAUGGCCAGAGGAGAAGCUCCCAGUCGACCUCGAGCCCAUUAGUGGCUUCAACCUGAGGGCUCAGGUAGUGGGCCGAGGUGGAGACAAUGUCAAGUUCAUCCAACAGGAGACCGGCUGCAAGGUUCAGAUCAAGGGCCGUGGCUCAGGAUUCAUGGAGCCCCAGUCUGGUCGUGAGAGCGAUGAGCCUAUGUAUCUCCACAUCGCUGGCCCACGUCCCGAGGGUGUUCAGCGCGCAAAGGAGCUAUGCGACGAACUCCUCCAGAAGGUGAGGACAGACUACCAAGCUUUCAAGGAGCGGCCACGGUAUCCACAAGGCGGUGAUGGAUACUCAAAUGGGCGCCCAGGGUACGGUGACCGAGAUCGUAGCCAGAGCUACGGUUACGGGAGCUAUGGUGGCCAGAACGACAUCAAAUCGCCCGACGCAGCAUCUACUGCGAACACCCAGCCCGCGGACUUAAACAGCCAGUGGGCUGCGUACUAUGCGCAGCAGAACGGCGGACAAGACCCGUACGCUCAAUGGGGUGGCUACGAGGCGUACGUGCAGUGGUAUCAAUACUAUGCGGGUACUCAAGCAGUCACCCAGCAAUCGCCGCCUCCUGGUACGGCAGCUGCUCCGCCACCGCCUCCGCCGUCAGAACCGGCUCCAGGCGGUGGUGUGCCCCCUCCACCGCCUCCUUCUGGAUCGCCCCCAGGCACGUACAAUGCGGUUCCUCCGCCGCCGGGUAUGUAAGCGCAGACUAAUCAUUUGCGGAAUCCUUUCGGACUUUCGGAUUACGGUCUCACCUCAAGGGCGGCGUCUUGCAGCUUCUUCCCUAGGCUAUGGGCAUGGGCAGGAUGGGUUGGAUUGUGGUACCUUUCGAUGCCUCGGCACGUUGAUACUUUGGCCUUUGCUCAGAACGAGAGGCAAUGGCUAUGAUAGGACUAAAAAUUGAACUGCGCUUUUGCUCAUCUUGUCGGUUGUAUGCGUAGCAGACAGAAUCCUAUCAUGACGGGUGUCGAG